GUCCCGCCCACACGGAUGAAUCAGGCAAACAUGGCAGCUACAACCAACAGCAACUUAAACAUGUCCGCGUCUAUCGCUGGCGUUUUGAAUGAAGAACACUGCCCUGAACACUUGCAGGUCUUAAAAACGUUCACUGCUGCAUUACGGGACAAGGAAUACAGAGAUGCUGUGCAGGAGGAGGUGUUCUCCAUUCUUCUGAAAGUCUUGUCCAGACUGUGUGAUGAGCUUCAGGCUGCCAGCUGCGACAAUCAGGACCUGCAGUCUGUCGCCCUGCAGCUGCAGUUGACUGCUGAGUGCUUCAGGGCUCAGAGGAACGCCUGCGUCCAGAGCACUCGCAACCAGAGUCUGCUCAGGGAACUUGGUUUCAUUAAUAUAUCAAUUAAAAUCCUGAGCUUCCUUCAGACCACACAUUUGGAGAGCAGAGAAGGCAUAUUUGAACCUCUUCGUUGUGGAAUCCAGUUCCUCGGCAACUUAUCAGUUGGAAACCAAAUAUGUAAAGAUGACAUUUGGCAGCUCAGCUUCCCAAAUCUUCUCCUGCAGCUGCUCAGUGUUGAUGAUGAGAAGGCAGUAAACUAUGCCUCUAUGGUGCUCCACACAUGUCUGGAUGAAGCCAAGGUGGAUGAGCUGUCUGAUCCGCAGAACAUCCAGCUGGCACGCAGGGUGAUUGAGCUCUGCAGGACCCAACCUGACCUUGACUGGACGGUUAUCAUUGCUACCCAGUAUUUUCUCAAGUCUUCAGCUCUAGUGGAGAACAUGUACUCUGGGAUGUCUCACCGUGAAAGAAUUACUCUAUUAGAGCUGCUCUCAGCCCAGCUCCAAGAGAAGGACUCGGAGGAGUGUGGUAUCCCUGCCAGUGUGGCUCGCUUCCUGGCCAGUUCCUUCCAGGAAGGUUGUGGGGCUGUGCUGACCCUCGCCACUGGCUCCGCUUCCAGUGAUGAUGAGGUCCUGCAGGAGGCACUGACAGUGAUCAGUCUGCUGGACGUGCUGUGUGAGAUGACCUCUGACCACAGGCAGUUCAUGUUCCUCCAGGACCAUCCUGGCCUUCUGGUGACCACUGCUGAGCUCCUGGGGCAGGUGCAUGCUGUCGGGAAGGCUAGUAAGAAUAUUUUCAGUGCUGCUCAGAAUUUCUCUUCCUUCAGUGGAGAUGAAGACUCCUAUUCUCCCGUCAUCAGCUUCAAGGCCCACCUCAUUCGGCUGAUUGGAAACCUCUGCUACAGCAAUACCAACAACCAGAACAAGGUGAGAGAACUGGAAGGAAUCCCCCUCAUCUUGGACAACUGCAACAUUGACAGCAACAACCCAUUUAUCAGCCAGUGGGCCAUCUUCACCAUCAGGAACCUCCUAGAACACAACACGCAGAACCAGGAGCAGGUCGCGGCCCUGGAACGCCGCGGCACCGCCGACUACUCUGCGCUCAGGGAGUUGGGUUUCCUGGUGGAGGAGCGAGAUGGAAGCUUGCUGCUCAAAACUGUGAGGAAAGACUCUUGAAAACCUCAGAGGAACAGCUCGGAGAAAGGAGGCCGUCAACUGGCAAGCAGGUUUUCAUGUGACGUAAUAAAGUACAUGUGCACACGCAUACACUCGUAUGAACAUGUACUCUAGUUGUGCUACAAUCCUCAUUAAUAUUAUACAUAAGCUUCAUCUGCAGGUCAAUUACCUAUCUACUAAUAAGCAUAUAAAUGUUGUGCCUGUCCAGUGUAACUGACAGCCACACUGCCUAUAAUUAAGAUUUAAAAAACGCUCAAGAAUUUCCAUCAGAGAAGUAUGUAUAAAUUACUUUUCUACCUCAGUAAUGCUUGCACUCAUGCCCAGAUGGGGCUUAAGGUAUUCUUGAUAAACAAAAGGCCCAUGGGGUCCCCCUGUUGUAAAAGCAGAGGUCAAGACAUCAGGAGCUCUUGUUUUGUCUUAACCCGAGUCUGGGAAAUGAAGAGUUUGGGAGAGGUCGAGCACAUGCUGGUACCUUUUGGCAGAGCUGAUGCUGUGUGCUUUAAUCCAAAGACAAAGAGCACCACAGUGUCUGGGCUUUUCACUUUCCACAGACACUGAUGCUACCAGCAGGGGUUGGGGUUUAAUCCCAGGCCCAUAGUGACUUCUGCAGUAACCGCGAAACAGAGAAUGACCAAAACAUGAUGUAAUCAACCCCCUCGCCGCCUUACCUACUUAAAUGCAGUGUCGUUGCCAGAGGGACAUUUAAACGCCUAAAACAAUCUCUCAUUCCUUCAUAUUAACAUAAUAAUCCAAGAACAUCUAGGUGCCUAAUGCAAUACUAAAACUAAUGAUGUCUGACGCUAUGCAUGUUUUGUAAUUUUAAAACAAUGCCCAGUAUACAGCAUGAGUUUCCCACUGUAUCUCUGCUUCUUGUAUUAAGGCUAUAUACAUAGAAUUUCAUCUUAUUCCUCAUCUUAUUCUUUUUUUCAUCCUAUUGCACUGAAUAUAUAUAUAUAUAUA